AUGAGUUCUUCUCCAAAAGCACCGUUCCGUGUUAUCGUGGUAGGUGGCGGCGUCGGUGGUCUGACAGCGGCUCACACCUUUCACCGCGCCAAUAUCGACUAUGUGAUCCUGGAGAAAGGUGUCAUUGCUCCGCCGAUGGGAGCCAGUAUUGGCAUCUACCCGCAGGGGUCUCGCAUCCUAGACCAAAUUGGGUGCCUGAAGUCCGUUGAAGCGGAAUGUUAUCCUUUGGGCAAAUCCAUCAAUAUUCUGCCCGAUGGUAAGAUUAUCGCGAACAGUGACUUCUUUGCUCACUCGCGCAACUAUCAUGGCUAUCCCAUUCCGGUGCUAGAGCGUCGGCGAUUUCUCGAAAUCCUGUACGAACAGUUGCCCGACAAAUCCAAGGUGCGCACCAAGUCUGGUGUAGUGGACAUCCUUGAUGGUGUCGAUGGGGUCAAGGUUAUACUAGAGGACGGCAGCAUUGAGGAAGGGGAUCUCGUUAUUGGCUGUGAUGGCGUUCAUAGUGCUGUUCGCAGUCUUAUGUGGCGCAAUGCCAAUGCAAAAAUCCCAGGCUUCAUAACGACUACUGAGAAGAAAUCUCUCUUCUGUGACUGGACUGCCCUCGUGGGUCUUAGCCCGACACUCCCCGGCAUGAGCAAUUGCGACAUGACAUGUACUCACUAUCCAGGUCGCUCCUUUCUCGUCAUUGGACAGAAGACCUACACUUUUUGGUUCGUAUUUUUCAAGAACCCCCAGCGACUCCAUUGGCCCAGUCGUCCUCGUUGGAGCGACGCGGCCGCGGAUGAACGGGCCCGUGCAUGCGCCGAUUGCCCCAUUUCUAGCACGCAGGUUUUUGGUGAGCUUUGGAAGACACGUAUCCGUGGAGAGCUAGUCAACGUCGAAGAAGGUCUUUUCAAUCAUAUGUACUUUGGGCGCGUGGUUCUCGCUGGUGAUGCGGUCCACAAGAUGACCCCCAAUGUCGGGCUAGGUGGGAACUCGGCUAUGGAGAGCAUCGUACUUUUGUCUAACCUCCUCAAUCGCGCCAUCCAAAUCCACCCCGGUGGCCGUCCGGAUGCAAAGAUAGUUGAACAGCUGCUGUCAGAGUAUCAGAGUUUGACGAAGGAGCGCAUGCGUAAAAUAAUCGACUUCUCCAAUCUUGCCACGCGCAUUCAGGCUUGGGAUACGCCCUUCCACAAGCUUUUGUCCCGCGUUGUCCCUUUCCUUCCUGACACUACAUUUGCCAAGCAAGCUGCUCAGUUGAUCAAAGCCUCUCGCAAGUUAGAGUAUGUUCAGUUACCGAAACGUGCUGUCACUGGAACCCUGCCAUGGGACGACGAGCUACAGUUCGCUCCCAAUGACAGCAAGGUAAAGAAGGGAGCAAAUGCAUUUUCGUUCCUGUAUACUCCCCUCGUUGGCUUAUGUGUGGCUAUCUCGUUUCUUUUCCUUUCGAGUUUAAUUUCAGCAUAG